CUCACAUGAAACAAUUUUUACAGAAGAGUAAAACGACUUUACUGAAUAAAAUUAGAAGUUCCAGGUGAUAUUUGAACAAUGGAUCCAGAACUACACGUAAAAUUCGGCAUAGAAGCCGUACAAACUGGAGGAAAUUCAGAUAAUUUACCUAAAUUUCGAUUUGGAGUACAGACUAUAGAAACUCCAACUGAUGAUGAAGACAGUGAUAUCAGUUCUGAUUUUGAAGCACCCACAACAUUGCCACAUGAUUAUUCUGAUGAAGAUAAAGUAGAUUUAAAAGAAUUAGUGGAUCCAGGGCCGUACCGAUAUAAUAAACAUACAUCUGUAGCAGCUUUACCAUGCUUGAUUUUAUUAAUAGCUCUUGGUGGGGAAUUAUUGCUGAUAAUAACAACUCUGUCAGCAGCCUUUCUUAUUUUAUUGAAUAACGAAGGUGAAAAUAGAAAAUGUGUAAUAUUAUUUGUAUUAUUGUUUAUACCUGUACAUAUUUAUAUGUUGGUUACAGUUUUUCCUUUAUUAUGGUUAUCACUCUGGAAUUUCUUCCUAUUGUUGGCUGUAAAUGGAGCAUUAAUACUAACAGCUGGCUGGAUUUUACUACAAUUUGUUUCAUUCAGAAAAGAAGAACCAAUAUUUUGCCAGGUUAUAGAACAGUUGUUGUUUACAGCCUACCCUACUAUCAGUGUUAUGUUAACUAGUUGGGUACUCAGUACUAUUCUACUGUUAUCUGUUAUACCUAUAUUACAACUUCUAUUAGGGUUUGUAAUGUUACAAAUAUUCCUGGUUCCUGUUGUGUCAUCAUUUAAACUGAAACCAGAGGAAGAUGAAGAUAUGAAUGUCAUUCAGCAACCAAUAGUAGUUGUCAUGGUUACCAUGUUACUAUUAUCCCCGUCAGUCCUCCAUGUUUUAUUUGCCAUAUUUUCACCAUCCACCAGCAGUUUAUUUACAUCUAAAUCAUUAAUUGAGUUAUGUUUCAUCAUAUCAUUAAGUUUAUUUAUGGUAACAUUAUUAAGCAUUAGACAACUGAUAGAAUAUUUAGGUUUACAGUAUUCACUAGUUAUUAAAAUGCGCUAUAUAUCUGGUGCUGCAGCUACGUUAUUAUGUUAUCCUGUACUACAGACAUUUGGUCUUAUCUCUCAUUUUUUACCAUGGUUACCAGUCUCUAUUGUAGGAUUCAGUAUUCUUGGUAUUGUCUUGUCUUGGAAAAAACAUAAGAUUGUAGCAAUAUCAUUGAUGGUAGCAUUGACAGUUUUAAUGUUCUACUGGAUAAUUACAUUACCAUGGCAAUUACAGUAUCCUUUUAUAUUCUUACAUUGUAAUAAGAUACCAAUUUCUAUAUUUUAUAUAUUACUGGGUAUAAACAGUGUACUGUGUUUAUUAUGUAUAUAUUUAUCUACGUAUGGCACGCCUGAAUUACUGGGAUUUUUUAUAGUUUUAGAAUCUCUAGUGUUGGUAAUUUGUGAAGUAUGUUUACAGAAAUCAGAUUUAAUAAAAUUACCCAUAAUACAUGCUACUGGUAUAGCUACAUCUUAUAUGUUAUAUAGAUUGUAUAUGUCUCAUAAACUGUCCCAGACGACUGCCAUAAUUGGAGCCAGCAUUCACCUAACUAAAGUGACGUCUGCACUGUUGGAUCAGAUAAAUCCAAGUCCCAUAACUCUACUUUCCUCACUAUUGUUGCUAUGCUUGGUGUUUAUGUGUUUAAAGAUGUUUGUAUUUGAAAACAGAUUGAAUAUUUCACAAUCACAAACUCUGGCUGGUCUAUGUUUAUUAUUAUUAUCUCUACUAGUCAAUAUUAAAACAGUCAUAUCAACAUUAGGCUAUGUACUAUUACUAGAACAGCCUUCAACUUCUAUAUUAAUAGGCUUAUGGCUAUUGAUUGGUGGAGCAUUAGUUCUGUUGUUUACACAAUUCCAUCCACAACAACUUCAACAACAGACAGAAAAUAAACAACAACAAACUGAGAAUAAACAAAUUGAUAAUGAUCUGAAUAAGCUAGGACUGGUCAUGUUGUUAGUGUCUAUCAUAGUCUUCAUUAUCCAGCCAGAUAUUGAUCUUUCAUUAUAUAGUAUCUUUCAAUGGUGUGAACUAGCGACAAUGUUGGUAUUUACUGUUAUACUCUACAGUAAUAUUAGUCUUAAUUUCAACUAUUUACUAUUGUUAUCAUCUAUAUUAUCAAUCUGUCCCAGUAUUAGACUAGUCAUAUUGAUAAUUGGUGAAAACUGGGAUGUGAUAUCAGUAGUAGUUUACUAUAUAUCAACUACCAUACUGAUUAUAUUACUUAUAAUAUAUAUUAAAAUAGAGAGUUUUAUACAGUUAUCAGAUACAUAUAUACAAUAUCUGUGUAUAUGUGAGAUUUCUAGUCAGAUUAUGUUGUUGAUAUGGGAGAGUUUCAACAGUUCUAAAUCAACAUCAUUAUUAGAUCUACCUACAUUUAAAUCUUUAUUAUUAUCUUCUUUAUAUCUUAGUAUUAUACUUAAACUACUCUCUUAUAAAAAGGUACCAGGUAUACUACCUACAGUGAGUAAAGAUGAAGAAAAAGUCAGACCAUUAUUACCUAUAAUAGCUAAUACCACCUGUUUUAUAUCUUUUAUAUUAUUAUGUUUACAAGGUCCGGUAGAUGGAUUUCUACAUGAUAUGUGGUGCUGUGGAGCUUCGUUGAUAUUUAUGUGUUUACAAAAAGACAUUUUAUUAUUUAGUAAUUUACGCGAAUAUAAUCAAAAUACACCAACAAGUGUGGCGGCCAUAACUGCUCUAAUUAUAACAACAUUUUAUCGAAACUAUACAUUUGUGACGCCCAGUUUAUUCCGUUAUUGUUUAAAAGUGCUGGAACUGUUAAUCUUACCAUCUACAGUUCCUGUUUAUGUGAUACUUUGGACUAUCAUGUGGCGCCAUGAAAUCUUAUCUGAGAAAACUGUUAUAUUUUGUCUACCGUUGAAUGCUGUGUUACUAUACGCCUCAACGUCCUAUACGAGUGUGGUAUUGUCAUUAACUGGUAUUGGAGUAGGGCUAUAUAUGAUUGCGUAUAAACUUCCUAUGUUACCGUAUGGUAGUCAUGAAUAUUACGACAAGUGAUCUGAACUUGUAACCACGGAAAUGUAAGGAAACUGACAUGAAAUAAAUGGAGAUUAACAUCUAUUUUCUGCACAAAGCUGACAUCAAAGUGCUUUCAACCAUAUCACUGUCAACGAAGGCUUAUGAAAUGAAUGAUGGAUUGAUUCAUAUAUAUGAAAGAAAACCAAGAAAAUUGGCUCAAUUUGAGUGUUUUAUAUAUCCACUCCCACUUCCUCCAUCCUCUCCACACUUUGCUACAUAUGCCUGGCUUAAAAGCUGUCAGUUAACAGACAGUCAUCCUUAUAUAUGUAGUGUCAUGCGCAUAUAUAUAUAAACAUCAGCCUAUCAAAAUUAUCCCUUUUACAUCAAAAUACCAAGGUGUAAUCAAUUUUCUAUACUUGAGUGCUCUUUCAAAUUUGAAAUAUAAAUUAAAAUGUGUG